AUGGCCUCCUGCACAGGACCUGCCAGGGGCGCCCUGCUCCUGCUCUGUUGGAUGGGAGCCUUGCUGUCCGUCCAUGCGGCUCCCGUCCCUGACAGUGACCUGAAGGAAAUCAUCAUAGAACUAAGGGCCUCAGCGGAGAGACUUCUGGAAAGCUGCAAAGAGACGGGCCUGCCGAAGUCCAGGCUUCACCGGCUGCGGCCUUUCGCCUCCGACUGCCGACCGCCACACUACAUCAACAGCUCAGCCGUCCUGCCUUACUUCAGGGCCAUCAAACGUCAUCCGUGUCUUUGUGAAGACAACAUGGACAUCGAUGACAUCAUACAGCAGCUCGAAAAGCCCCUAUUUCCACGUGGGCCGGAAGCGAACGUUUCGGCGCCUGACAACAGCUUUGAAUGUAAGAAGUUCUCCUGGGCGGUCGUAGAGGAGUUUUCUAGGUGUGUGAAAUCGCUGUAG